ACCCAGCCGUGUCCUUUGAGACAACUGACCUAUAUCCUUCUUGUCGAUCGCAAACCUCCCGGUUCUCCUUGCUUAUACAUAUCUGACCAUCGCCUACUUGAUAUUGAUACCUUGCUUGCCUAUCUCUGUAUUGCAAAUUUUGCCAGAUACAAGACACUUCAGAAAUACAUCACCAUGGCAGGACUUCCAGACCUUCGUAGGACCGGUCUCUCGGGCUCAACACCAGAAAACACACCAGCCCGCGGCAAAGAAAUGCGAGCGAACCUCUUGAACAAACUCCGCCCACCACCCCUAGUCCACGCCUGGGACUUCUGGCACGAUCGUCAAGACCGCACAGGCUCAACCAUAACCUCACCACCACCACCACCUCCCACUUCCUCUUCUUCCAACAACAACACUGCGGAAACAACAACUUCAGCAAAACCAACACACAACUACGAAGACAGAUUGGUUCACUUGGCUUCCAUCUCCGACGUCCGCACCUUCUGGAACGUCUUCAACAACUUCGACGUCUCCGCCCUGCCCCUCCGCGAUUCCGUCCACCUCUUCCACCAAUACGUAAAACCGCUCUGGGAAGACCCCCGCAACGUCCACGGCGGCUGCUGGACCUUCCGCGUCCCCAAAGCCAACGCUCCCGCCUUUUGGGAACGUAUUGCACUUCUAGCUGUGGGGGAGAAACUACAAGCGGCGGUGGAAUCGGAUAGAAAGCAAUUCAGAGAUGACAUCUGUGGUGUUAGUUUGAGUGUUAGGUUUACUAGUGUGUUGGUGCAGGUGUGGAAUAGGGAUGCAGGGCACGAAGAGGGGAUCAAAAAGUUGUUGGAGGCGGUGUUUGAGGGUAUGGAGCCGGAGUUGAUGCCCAGGGAGAAUGGAUACUACUAUAAACCGCAUUAUGAGCAUGCGGCUUUCAAGGGCCAGGAUAGCAAGAGUGGCGGUGGAGAAGCGGCUGCAUCGAAACAAGCAUAGAGUGAAACAGCUUGGAAGGAUGAGACAGGUCUGACUUGAUAGAAGAAGCCUUUCUCGAGCUUCUCGUAUGUUACUUCUAGUCAUGCGAAUCCGGACACGAUUUAUAACAGUUGUUUCAGCAUCCAGGGGUUGAUAGAACAGCA